UGACGUUGCGUAAUUUACUGUUGUUUCCUAUCGAUCUGUCACAUGUUAGAUUAGGUAUUUCCUUUUUAGUUUCAAAGUUGUUGAAAAUUGAGCCCUUUGCGGCUAAAGAAUCUUAAAUUCGCCAUGCAUAAAAUAUUUCAUGAUCAUUCCGACAAAAACGCAAAUGCUAUGGGGACAUUUAAACAGCGAAAGUCUCUUGCAACAAGGAAGGAGGAAGUUGAAAACAUCCGAACAAAAUUCCCUACAAAAAUUCCUGUGAUUGUUGAGCGAUAUCAUAAAGAGUCACAGCUACCACUUCUGGACAAAACAAAAUUUUUAGUUCCACAAGAACUCACUGUAUCUCAGUUCCUUACAAUUAUAAGAAAUCGUAUGCAUCUUGGUGCCAACCAGGCUUUUUAUCUUCUAAUAAAUAACAGAAGUAUUGCUAGCAUGUCCAAAACUGUUGCAGAAGUAUAUUUAGAAAGUAAAGAUGAAGAUGGUUUUCUUUAUGUAACAUAUGCUUCCCAGGAAAUGUUUGGUUGCUUCCAUACUGCAGAAAUUUGCAAACAAAAGGCCAAAAGAUCUGAUUCUAAGUGUAGGAAAUCAACAUAUCAAAACUAAUAUCGUGAAAAUUCAAUGCAGAUAUACAUUGCUUUAUGGUGAUAAACACUGCCAAAUGGAGAAAGUUCCAAAGACUGUUAAUGAAUGGCUCCAUAAGUGAUUCCUUUGCUCAAAUAAUAUUGUUUAAGAGUAUCUGCUAAUGCCUUUUGGAGUGUUAGCUGGAAUGUCUGCAGUAGAGUUUUCAUGAGCUACAAAGUUACUGUGAAGUUGUUUUACUAUCUUGUAAUUGAGUGCAUCCUCACUAUUUUCUGCAAUUAUUCCUGCUCUCUCUACUUUUUGCAAAUGUCUUGAUUUUUAUUAUAAUUUUUUUAUAUGUAAUGUCCUUUGUUUCUUUGAAAUAUUUUGUGUAUGUUUAUUCUGUCAGAAGAAAUUUUAUUAUUUGAAAUGACUUCUUCCCAUCUUUCUUUUUCUUCCGAAAAAAAUGUGUAUUCUUGUCUUGAAAACAAAUUGUGCUGCUUUGUGCAUAUGUUAAUAAAACUUUUCUUUUCACCAGUAUUCUGUACUAAAAACAAAUAUCUUAUAUAUUAAUGAUUAUUUUGCACUAUUUUAAAUGUCAUUUCCCCCUUCCCUGUAUAAUGUGAAAUAGUAACAUUAUUACUACAAUAAUUUUGAUAGACAAAUUUUUAUUACAUAAUUUUGAAAUUAUAUAUAUUAAUUUACGGAUGAAGUAAAAAUUUGUUGUUUUUAAUUAGGAGUUGCUGUUUUUGUAAAUUUUCAAUUUUAAUUAACAUUGUAUAAUCUGAAUUUAAAAAAAUUGAGUGCCUUCAUUUAGCAUAUAUUUUAGUUUUAUUAAUAAUGGAAUAUUUGAAAGUAGAAUAUUGUUUAUGAAUGAUCUACAGAGAUUUAAAAAUUUCAUUGAUAACAUUUAUAUUAAUUUAUAUAAGUUAGAAAAUUCAUGAAAUUAAAAAAAAAAAUUAUUCUAAAUUAUUAGUUAGAGAUUAAUUUCAACUCAGCAUUUGCCAUAAAAUCAUAUUAGUUAUACCAAAAUAUCUUUCAGGAUUGAAUGUUUAUUAUUUUCUUUUAUAUGUUAUUGUGUUAUAAAUGCUUACUUUAUAAGGAUGUAUAGGGGGAUUGUUUAUUUUAUAAGGAUGUAUAGUGGGAUACAUGAAUGGUUUUGUCAGCAAUUAGAAGAAUCUACUGCAAACUCAAGUUUCUUCUUUAUAUGUAGCAGCCAAAUGAUAUUAAUGCAGCUAAGCCAUAAAAGUAGGUGAAUUUUUUAUAGUGUAUGAAAAAUUGAGGAAUUUUAUAAUAUGCAAGGUUUUAUGACUUAGUAGCAUUUAAUUUUUUUCUACCCUUUCAGAUAAAUUUCAAUUAAAUAUUUUAACAAAUAACAUCUUAUUAUUUUGAUAGUGGCCAACAUUUUGGAAUGACUUUAUUUCUAAUUAACUGUAGUUUAUUGAUAUUCACUUAAAUGUGUUAUUUUUAUUUGGUUACUUUCAUAUCACCCUAAAUUUAAAGCAUAUUUACUAUAAUUCAAUGCAUACGUCCAAAGUGUAUGUUGUUUGUUGUGACCAUUCUUGUGAUUCUGGAAUUGUGAAAUAUUAAAAGAUUAAUUCGAAUAAAUCGAACAAGCAUUUUGCGUUUUCAAUGAGCUUUAUUGAUCCGAGUGUAUGUAAAUUUUCUGAAUUUUUAUUUGUAUUGUGUAUGAAGUUUUAUUUGUAUACAAUAAAAUUUAUAAACCAA